AUGGCGGAAGAAGAAGAAGAAUCAGAACUCAGCGAGAAGCAAAAAGUUGAAAUCGCGAAAUGGUUUCUUCUCAACUCUCCUCCUGGAGAAAUUCAAUACGUUGCCAAAGAUGUGAAAUCCAUUCUCAACGACGAUGGUGUGUUCAACGAAGCUGCUUCCGAAGCGUUUCCUCUUUACAACAAAUCGCACUUCAUUGUUCUUCCAAUGCCGGACCGAAGCGGAGACGUACUAGUUACUUCCUUUGGUGAGCUUGAGGACAAUGCGUUUCUUGAUCCUAGGACUGCUCAAGUAGCAAUAGUUGAUCAUGUUAAACAAGUUUGUGAAGUGGUGAGACCUGCACUGGAUGAAGAACUUGCAUCUGCAUACAUUGAAGAAUUUCGAUUCAGUCUGGAUGCUGAGAUACUUAAAUAUGUUGAAGAAGUUUAUCCAAAAGGUGUCUGUUCUGUCUACUGUGUAAAUGGAAAGGAUGCAGAGGGACCGGGUUUUGAUUUUGAGCUUGCCGUAGUGAUUUCUGCUUCUAGGCAUAGCCCACAAAAUUUCUGUAAUGGGAGUUGGUGUUCAGUUUGGAAUAUUGAUUUCAAAGAUGAACAACAAACAGUGGAAGUAAAAGGGAAACUCCAGGUCGGUGCCCAUUAUUUUGAGGAGGGAAAUGUGCAGUUAGAUACAAAACAUGAAUGCAAAGAUGCAACUCUUUUUCAGGCCCCUGAGGAUUGUGCGCUUGCCAUAUCAAGCAUUAUUCGUCACCAUGAAACAGAAUACCUUGCUUCUCUUGAGGCUUCAUAUCUAAACCUUCCCGAUUCUACUUUCAAGGAUCUUCGGAGGAAGCUUCCAGUCACCCGCACCUUAUUUCCAUGGCACAACACUUUGCAAUUUAGUUUGACUAGAGACAUCUCAAAAGAACUUGGCAUUGGAAAGUAA